GUCACAACUAUUAUUAUUAUCGACAAUUGAAAUAUAUUCUGUAGUCGUAAGUAAUUUGCCCUGUGUCACAUCGGACACGUUAAUACAGUGUAUUGAUAUAGUGAAUAUUACGGGUGGCUGACUCCCAGCUGUCACUGCCGCUUUACGGCACAACAUAACGUUAUACCUGUGCGUGUUUACAUCUACUGCGUUACUUUCUACAGAAAAACAACCCAUCACUCCAACAACGUCCACGGAUACAUAUUCUGCUGAAUUUCUCCUCUGCCUGAAAGUCUCUGCUCGGAUUCUGCGAUCGAUAUGAAUUCAUCGGGAUAUUACCAUAAUAAUCGCAACCUGGUUGCCAAAUUAUCUCCCCCGAACGAGAUGGUGAAAGUGAAUCGACAGCAGGAAAAAAUAUUGGAACAUAAUUUCCAGCAAUAUAAGAAUAUCGAUGAAGUCACCAUGGAAUUAUUAGCCGCAGAAACAGGACUGAGUUUACGCGAUUGCGAGAAAUGGUUUCAACACCGCAAAGCAUUGUGGCGAAAGAAAGAAGGAUUGUCCCCAAAUAGCCGCGCCAUUACGGACUAACAAGAAGUUAAUGGACUGAAUGCAUGGCCGUAAUUGGACUCUAACUUACCACUCAACACAACGGUCAGCGGGAAGAAAACAAGAACAUGUUCAUCUAUAAAUGUAAUAAGCUAAGACCAGCAGGCUAUUUUCGGACAUUAUUUCUAUUUCCAAUACUUAGCAUGGGUAGUAUAAUUGAUUUAUUUGUCUGAAUAUCGCCAUACAGAUCAACCAGCUGUUAGAUUAUCAUCGUACAUCAUUCGUUAUAGCAAUGAACAUUCACUGUAACAAUGACACUAUCGUGACUAAUAUAUUAUAUACAGUAAUGUAUGUAAAAUCCCCACUUUAAUCAAAAUUGUUGUUUUUGUCGGUGAAUAUUGAGCACAUACUAUGAUAAAUUAUUGCGUACUCGUCAAACAGAGGUCCCCGAAAGCCGUAAUCUGAAUGCAUCACACGGCUUUCGCUUGACGUAAAUACAUUCGAAAUAUUUAUUGAACCAAAUAUAUGUAUAUUUCUGUGAUUUCUAUUUAAUUUAAUUUUAUUGUGUUUUUUUAAAAAUAUAUUAUAGAGUAUAAUUUCAAUGAUUUUCAAUCUAUGACGAUAGUGAGCCAUGCUGUCUGUUUUUGUUCUGCGACAUAGACAUGGCUGCGUGACGUAAACACAAUGAGUGAGAUAUGUUAAUAUAAUUUACAUAUUCAUUGAAAGUCGUUUAUUUAUUUCUAGUCGUUUGAUGUGCAAUAUAUUGCUGUAUUUUACCCGAUUUAGUGAAAAGAUACUGAGGGAAUAUAAAAUAAAGCCAAAUCUUCUUUCCAGA